AUGCAACAUGUCGAGCCCGUUAAGGGAGCCUUUGUCACAGAAAUAAUACUCUCAAAUGCCAUUGAAACACAGAAAAACAUGGAGUUGAUCAAUACGCGGAACCUGCGACACUACGCAUCCUCAUGGUGGACCUCCAUUAUAACAAGUGUGACGGUCCCUAGCUCAAGAUCGUUUAGACGAGCGGCCUGCAUAGCGUCUCGAGACACCGUGAAUAAAGACACCAGAAUGAGGUACCUUUUUCUUUGCCUGUUGCCUCUGGUCCUGGGAGCACCCAAAACACGAUUCGUUUUGGAUUCUCUCGGUAGUAUAUUUGACCUAACGGUCCUUAAAUGUGAUGUACAGCUUAUAUUGGAUGUGGUUGGGUCGCAUCCCACGGAACAAGCAUGUGAGGCAGAAUGUUACAAGGUCAUCCAAGAAGGACACUUCUUGAAUUACGGCUGCCCCCUCGUUUGUUUAGGGUUGGAGAGCUUCGCCCACAACUAUCAUUUGGUGCCUGACCCCGUUGACGCAAAUGACCCAUGUGGCAGACCUCCCCCGAGUGUGGCCACAACAACGGCUUGAUAAGGUCGCUCAAAUCGAUGAAGAUUGUUGUAAUGAAUAGACAUUAAAAAUGGAAGCAUA